CUAUUCCAUAUUUGCAUAUGACAUUUAAUAUGUCCUGAAAGCAUUUAAAUGUAAUAUGCAAAUAAGGAUUGUAAUGUCUCAUUAGAAAGGGACACUCACACACACAUAUACAUACACACAUACAUACAUACGCACACUUUCGUUCUAUAAAUCAAUAUUAACACACGAUAAUGACGUUGUGUUACGUGAAUUACGUGCCAAAGCGUAGAUUAAAGAAAAUAAAUAAAAUUAUAUCUCUUACAAUUAGAUGACUUCGUUGAAUUGACCAGUGCGAUCGAUCAAAUUAUUUACUAAUGAAAGAUUGGAAAUGAUUCAUCGAUGCAGUGAUCGAUACAUCGAAUAACUGAAUAUAGUAAUAAGCUCGCCUUAAUUUGAAUGCCGUACGAAGAAGGAGAAUGCAUUGUCGAUCUAUGAAAUCGUUGGAGAAUAUUGAAUGAACAAAAAUGAAUUUUCUUCUGUUUUUUUUUUUCUUUCCUUCAUUCAACACUUUUUUCCGACGUUAUUUCUGAAACAACGACUGAGCUUGCUCUUCGAUCGUACGACACGAUAAGAAAGAUCAGCCACACGCACACACACAAACAUGAAACAAACGAUACUGGUCUAAACAGUCAUCACCUGAAAGAAGGAAGUUAAUAAAACAUAUAUUGACGAUAUAACAUUUAUCAAUGAGAAUAUUUUCAACAAAAUGAGUGAAACAAUUGUAACAAAUGAAAUUUCUGAGAGUAACGGUGGAACAGAACAACCGACUUACAAUGGAGAAACUGAAGAACAUGCCAACAAAUCACCAGGGAGUGCAGAAGAUAAGGCACCUGAUUCAUUAUGCGAUAAUAGUGUUAAAAAAAAUACUGCCAUCAUUGGUACUGGAAAUAGUAAUGUCAAUGUUACUAAUAGAGCAAAAAAACGUAAAAAAACUCCAAGAGAUGCUACAGCUCCAAAACAACCUCUUACUGGUUAUUUUAGAUUCUUAAAUGAUCGGAGAGAAAAAGUAAGAAGUGACAAUCCAACUUUAUCAUUUGCUGAGAUCACGAAACUUCUUGCCUCAGAAUGGAGUACAUUACCAGCAGAUCAAAAACAGCAAUACUUAGAUGCAGCUGAACAAGAUAAAGAACGAUAUAAUCGUGAAUUUAGUGAUUAUAAACAAACAGAGGCAUACCGUAUUUUUUCUGAGAAACAGUCUUCAGAGAAACAUACUGAAAACAAAAAAGAACGGAAUGGAACAGAUAUAAAUACUGAACAAAAUGACGUGCAACAAGACAAGGACAAUGAUUUCACAGGUUUUGAUAUUCCCAUUUUUACAGAAGAAUUUUUAGAUCACAAUAAAGCAUGUGAAGCUGAAUUAAGGCAAUUAAGAAAAGCUACAUCAGAUUAUGAAGCACAAAAUGCUGUACUACAACGACAUGUGGAUAGCUUAUAUGCAGCUGUAAAUCGUUUAGAAUCUGAAACGAAUCAACAACGUACAACAAAUCAAGCAUUACAACGCCAUUUAGAUUCUUUACGUGCACAAUUAGCAGGGUGUUUUGCAACCAUUCCUUUACCAGGUACACACGAAGGUGCAACAUUACAAAAUAUUGAUAAUUAUGUUGAAAGGCUUGAGUCAUUGUUGAGUAGUAAUACAGAACAAACAUUACGUAAUGCCGUUCGUAACGCUGUAUCUCGAUUAGAAUUAAUUGGAUGACGAUCGCCCCCCCGCGCUACAACUACACCAUUAAAACAUCAUCGUUCAAGACAUUCGCAUCGAAAAUAGCUGAAAGAAUUAUACGAACACAAAAAGUAUAUGUACUUCAGUUAAUAAUUUAGUUAUUCCUUAUAACUAAUUUACAUAUUAAAUGAAAUUACUGUAUAUUAUGUAAGAAAUAUUGUGUCGGUACUAUAGUUCACUUAUUAUUAUGGAAUCUUACAUACGAUAUUAGUCCCUUUUUUAGGUUGAUUUUCUAUUGCUAAUAUGUGUAAACAAUUAUGUUCAGGUUGUUUUAAGUUAAUUAUUUUCAUUAUUUUAACAUAAUGUAAUAAUUGCUAUAUUUGCAAAUGUAAGUUAUUAGAUUUAUCGUUUCAAAAAAGAAAAAACAAAAAAAAAACAAAAAA